AUGCAAAGUGGACGAAAUAAUGAUCCAUCACAAUUACCGGAAUUAUUUAUACCAGGUGAUCAUUUAAGUCUAUCAGCUAUUCGUACAGUUCGGAUACUUCGUCCAUUAGAUGUCAUUCAUCGUGUAUCAUCAAUGCGUAUUCUUGUUAUGCUUCUACUCGAUACAUUACCUAUGCUUGGCAAUGUACUUCUUCUCUGUUUCUUUUUAUCUCUUUUUAUCUUUGUUGUUAUUGGUGUACAAUUAUGGAAAGGAUUAUUACGCAAUCAUUUUUUUUUACAUCUGAGUGCUACAAGUAUAGAUAAUUACGCAAUAUUCGAUGAUUUCCCUUUCCGACCUUUUUAUAUUCCUCCUGAUCAAGAUUCAUUUAUGUGUUCUUACCCAUCAUCAAAUAGAAUGACAAAAUGUUCAGAUAUUCCAUCAUUUCGUCAGGAUAAUAUGGCAUGUGAACUUGAUUUUCAUACAUUGAGUUCAUCAUUAACAAAUAAAGCAAUAAAUGGAUUCUCGUCAAUUCCACUAAUUAAUCAAAAACAUCGAUCAGGUUGUCGAUAUCAUCAAUCUCAAUCAUUAUUAAUAUCAACACCAUUAUUAGAAUCGAUUGACCGUGGCACUAGUAAUGAUGACAUUGGUCUAAACGUAAAUGCUUCAACAUCAGCAAAUAAUAAUUUACUUAUUGAUAAAAGUCGACGAAACAAUGAAAAUCUUGAAUUUGAACGACAAGAACAACAAAUAGAAAGAAAUGAUAUAUGUGAUUGUUAUUAUCAAGAUGAAACUCUUAAUAUAUCCGACAAUAAUCGAGAAGAAGAAGAAGAAGAAAAACCAAAAUUUCGUCAAAAAUGUGAAAUUUAUUGUUGCUGUUGUUGUUCAUGUUUUACAAUAAUACGAAAGUUAAUUUCACGUGUUGUUGCUAGUAAAUAUUUUGAUCGCAUUAUUUUCUCAACUAUUAUUAUAACUACACUGUCAAUGUCUAUUGAAUGUCAUGGACAACCACAAUCAUUAACAAAUGUAUUAGAAUAUAGCAAUUAUGUUUUUAUAGUAUUAUUUACAAUUGAAAUGUUAUUUAAAAUAAUUUCGGAAGGUUAUUUAAAAUAUAUUAACAAUCUAUUUAAUAUAUUUGAUGGUGGAAUUGUUUUAAUUAGUCUUAUUAAGUUAUAUGAAACAAAACAUAGUGGAUUAUCUGUUUUACGUACAUUUAGAUUAUUACGUGUACUUAAACUUGUCAGAUUUAUGCCAACAUUAAGACGACAAUUGGUAAGUUAG